ACGCACCGGGUGUGAUACUAGUUUUUUCUAUAAAAAAAUAAGAUUUUGUAUAUUAUUCAAAAUGAGGCUUUAUUUUUGAGAUUUUGUAUACUUUUGUAGUAAUGGGAAAAUAAGAAAACUAAUUCAAUUAGUCCAUUUCGGAUGACCUGCUUUCCAAUCCGACCAUCUAUCGCUGGUGAUAAAAUCACUAAGAGAACAGAGAUGGCAACCAUCUUCUCUUCUUGUUUUCUCCUCCCUUCUCCGAACGAUUCGAGCCAGCUUCAUCCACUCCGCUGUCUCCGAUUUCAGACUCAUUGCCGUGUUGCCACCAAUUUGUAUUCUCCACGCCCGUUGGCGUUGAAUAGGGUUUCGAGGACAAAGAGGAUAAAGUCCUUAGCGGAGGAGGGUUCCUUUGUUCCAGUGGGUGAGGGUGAAGGCGUUGUUACGGUGGAGGAUGCAUCUUCGCCGCCGCCGGUUUCUGUUUCUGUGGCUCCGUCUGACGUCCUCACCAUGUUUUUCCGCGCCGAAGGAACCAUGGUAGAAGCAGACAUUCCUAAGGUGACCAAGGCUUUAGAGGAAAAAGAAGGUAUAGCAGAUCUCGAAGUUCAUGUUUUCGAGGGCAUGGCAAGUCUGGAGCUGACAAAGCAAACAACAAUGCAAGCAACAGGGGUGGCCUCAGGUUUUGUUGAGACUCUCCUAGGCUCAGGUUUUAAGUUGCGAACAUUGAAUUUGAGCUUUCAGGACGGGGAGGGUCUGCAGUAGGCCUUAUGUCUCUUUUCUAUUUUAUUUUUCAUCUGACACACAAGUCGGCACGAGAUCACGCAUACACGAAGAGUAUGCCCUUUCCCAUUGCUGCCAACUUAAUGGGGCAUUUGUUGCUAGUAUCAUAGUUGAUAAGAUACAUAUUGUGUUGGGAUACUGGAGUGUUUCACAGCCGGCAUUUUGUAUUCCUAUUGUGUAAUUGUCUUGUUCAAACAGUUCUUUUUCUUUUUGGGUAUACGUUGUUUGAUUUCUUAAAAUUUGCUGCCAUUGAAGGAUGCAUUCAGGUUUUUAAAAAAGGUUAACUCAUGGU